AGACUUUGACAGACGUGCGGUUGCCAUGGAAACGUAUUCGCAUCAGCGACCCCCCCACACCGGGCGAGCCGCCUCGUUAGGUGAUAGUCUGAGCCGAUAAAUCAAUAGUUGAGGUUAGUUAUAAAUAGCUGUUUGUCUGGUCGCUAAAUGACAAGUCGUGCUGACUGUAAAGAGUGAAGACUUCCGGGCCCAAGCGGUACUUACUCUGCCGAGCCGCCACUACCAGACUAACGUUACUGCUACAGCUACUGACGCUCAACUGAACCACAUACACUCCACCCAGACGUGUCAAUCCCGAGUGCGUCUGGGCUGCCAUGACGACGGCUAGAGGAACAAGCUACUGCUAAUGCAGGAGGAGCUGAAGCAGCUCCACAGUCUCAGUCACAGCGGAGACAAAGCCCUCCCACACCCUGAUUUUGACCAUGAGUAAAAACUAGAUGUGAGGAUGUGCUCUCGGCUCUGAAGGAAGCAGCUGGAGGGUCAGUGUCAGAACCACACAGACCAGCUGCAGAAGACUAAGAAACACAUGCUCAUACUACAGAACAAUAUGGAACGUCUGGCAGCGCAGGCACACAAUAUACAGGGAGACCAGCAGGAGGCCAUGAAACAGAAAGACGAGACCAUCAAGAGGCUUCACACAGAGGUAGAAACAAUCCGUGCUGGCUGGAACAAGUACAUCACUCAUGUGUCCAGUGAGAUGGUCCUCAAGGAGACAAAGAUUAUCACCCUGCAGGAGAGAGAGACCAAACUAAGGACUGAGCUGGAGAGGAGCAGAGAGGAGAUCAAGCGUUACAAGCGACAGCUGAGUGCUGGUUGGAAGAGAGAGAAGGCCUUAGAACAGAUGCGAGUUCAGGUGGAGCUGGAGUGGCAGAGACGCUGUGAGGACAUGAAGGCCGAACACUACCUUGCUCAUGAGCAGCUGAUACAAGACCUGACCCAGGCUAGAGACCAGGCAGAAGCAGAGCUGAAGGAGAAAGAGCAAGAGCUGCAGGCCUUGACUGUCAACAUGAAGAGAGACCAGACAAUCCAGGGUCCCACAACAAAGAUGGAAUCUGUGGCCUCAGAAGAGCUCCGUCGUCUGCAGGAGCAGAACAGCAGUUUGCGGGCCAUGGUUACCCAGAUGCGGAAAGACAUGGAAGAUCUCAGCCAACUUCUACCCCAUACCCAGGCCCAGCCUUGGGAUUCUUCUCUUCAGCCUGUUCAUCAAGGAGCCCCUGAUCAGGUGGCCACUGGUCCACCAGCCCAAUCCACUGAAAUUUCCUCUGACGUCAGCCCAGCAGGUGGUGUGUGCCUUGAGAAAAAUGCCAAUACCUCUGCCUUGACAAAGAAGGUCACAGUGGAACACAUACCGAAACAGAAUGUACCGCUCCAAGAGGAGGAUCCCUAUUUACAGCAGCAGCAGGCCUCAAGUCUGAUGUCAGGUGUUUGUUUGGAAAAGGUGCGGUUGGCUAAAAGCAAUCCUCCUCUCCUGCGCUCCAGGCUAAAGCGAGCGGCGUUCUGUAUCGCACGUCUAAGCCGAGAGAAACAGCAGCUGAUAGAGAUGGUCAAUCGCCUCCAUGGCCAGAACACCACGGCUGGACUAACAGGUUGCUUUACAGAGAGGGACUCCUCCGCAGAGAAAUUAAGUGACCAAGGUAACCAACUGUCUGCUCUGGAACCGCUGCAAUACCAGCUCGCCACACAGAGCUCCAAGAACGACGAGGACACUCCUUCGCCAAGCAAAUUACAGAUGUUUCUGGAUGUGGGGCCCAAGCACUGUUCAGAUCUGUCCAGGUCACACUUGUCAUCAGACGAAUCAUUUCCGUCAUUAAAGGAACUAUGGGAAAGACUGGAUAAUGGAUUGAGUCCAUCUAUUUUCUCAGAAGGUGAAGGUGAGGCGAGCAGGAGCGAGGUGGAUGAGUCUGGCGGUGCUGGAUCCCAGAUGAUGGUGCAUGGUAUUAGUGCUACCAUCCAAAGCCAACCCCCGACCCAGGUCCAGCAGCGGAGGAACCCCUCUACUGCACCAUCAAACACUACCAAGACCAGCAGAGCUAAAGCUCCUGACAAGACCAGCAAGAUUAGAAAUUAUAAUAAUAAAGACUGACCCACAAAUACAGGAUAGUCUGUCAGUAUGCGGGUCAUGGGGAGUGCUACUCAGCCUGUAUUUGUGCCUGUGUUUUAUUACAUUGUAAACUUGCUUUUUUUAGUUUUUUGUUGGUUAAAUUAUCAAAAAACUUUGCUGGUCAAAUUAUCUAUUUUCUUUGAUUGAAAUCGCUUGCUACAAAAUCUGACAGUGACUCAUCAGGAAAAGGAAGCAAAGUUUUGCCCAAAAAGUCUACCAACCAUGAAGUGUGAUGUCCCCAGCUCAUCAUUAUUGUUGGACCCACAUGGGCUGUAUGAAGAGAAAUCCAAUGUUUUUUUUCCCCUCAGAGUAUGCAGAUGCUGCUUUUUGAGCAAAAUGCAAUCUCCAUCUGAUGUUUCAGACAUGUGUUUCCUCAUACAUGGAUAAUGCUGCAAAGCACAGUUCACAGCUCUGUGUUUUUGCACAUAUGGAAUUCAUUCACAUUAAACCACAUGGGCCAUGAAACCAUUAAAUGAAUUCUAAAAAACAACAUGGGCUAUGAAAAGUAUUUUUAUUAAUAAUAUGGCUAUAUACAUUUCUAAUACACAUUAUCAUCUGUAAAUUUUGUAUACUAAACUCACAAUUUAUACGUGUGUGAAUUAAUUGUAAUUGUUUGCAGGUCCAGAAAAUAAAGCAGAGCUACUUUA